AUGUAUACACCAUUGAUGAAAAAAAAAAAAAUAGUAUCAUCGAUGUUGCAAUUACUUGAGACAUCUAGCCAUCAACCCGAGAUGUCCAGUUUUGUUAUCACUUGUAUUAGUCACGAGGACGUUUUGAACUUGGAGAAAAGGGCUGAAAUCUCCAAAAAAAUCAAUGCUGUACUCAGUUCUGAUGGAUACGAAGUCGAAAGCGAGCAGCAAUCAUCUGAAAAUGCCUUCGAUAUAUACGUCGAAAACUCAAAUACUAUUUCUCUGAAGGAAUUCCACCUAUUGCUCAAAGAAGUCAUCGAUUCAGUUAAGGAUGCUGAUUUAAUUGUUCAAUUGAACAACAAAUACCGUCAAAAAAAAUUGAUUGUGUUUGACAUGGACUCAACAUUAAUCUACCAAGAAGUUAUCGAACUAAUUGCUGCAUAUGCCAAUGUCGAGGACAAAGUUCGUGAAAUUACGGAGCGUGCGAUGAACAACGAGUUAGACUUCAAACAAUCGUUACAGGAACGUGUUAAAUUACUGAAAGGCCUCAAGAUAGACGAUCUGUAUGAUCAAAUCAAAUCGAAAUUGGAAAUCACUAAAGGUGUUCCAGAACUUUGUCAAGCUUUGCAUAACAACGGAUGCAAAUUAGCUGUCUUGAGUGGUGGAUUUAUACCAUUUGCAAAGUUUAUUAAAGAGCAACUAAAUUUGGAUUAUGCUGAAGCCAACAUCCUUGAGACCGAUUCCGACGGUCUACUCACGGGGUUCACCAAGGGCACAGUUGUUGACGGACAGUACAAAGCAGAGACGUUGUUGAGGCUAUGUAAAGAGUUCGAUAUUCCAGUCGAAGCAAGUUGUAUGGUAGGUGAUGGCGGUAAUGAUUUGCCCGCAAUGAAUGUCGCAGGUUUUGGUGUCGCAUGGAAUGCAAAACCCAGAGUCCAAGAACUUGCGCCAAGCAAGUUGAAUACUAAAUCAAUGAUAAACUUGCUGCACGUAUUUGGAUAUUUGGAGAUUUAA